AAAAAAUUACUGGAAAAAAAUGCGAAUUUCCCUGCAAAAAUGCUCCAAAACCGCGUGCUCCGUCCUAUCAAAACGUCCAAUUUUAUCGCCGAAAAAGCCGAAAUCCGAAGGAGAAGCCACUUCAUUUAUUGAUUAUCGACGUGUUAGAUGUCAGGCUGGAAAUGGUGGAAAUGGAAUGGUUUCAUUUUUUCGUGGAUAUCGGAAACCAUUUGGUGGUCCAGAUGGUGGUGAUGGUGGACAUGGGGGACAUGUCGUUUUUCGAGCCAGUCGCAGUAGUAAAGAUCUCUCGACAGUUCACUCAAUCGUACGGGCUCAAAAUGGAGAAUUCGGCAGAUCAAAAUCAUGUCACGGAAAAUCAGCAGACCAUAAAGAAGUUGAAGUACCUCUUGGUACCGUAUUCAAAGCUGAUGGGAACACAAUUUUUGAGUUAAACAACGAAAAUGAUAUGUUCAUUGCGGCACGUGGCGGAGUUGGAGGACGUGGAAAUCAGUUUUAUGUGUCGAAUGAGGUCCGAAAACCAUUUAAAGCAGAGUAUGGAGGAGAAGGAGAAGAGCUAAUUUACGACGUGGAAAUGCGAGUUAUGGCGACAGCAGGCCUGGUUGGAUUCCCGAAUGCUGGAAAAUCUUCGCUGCUCCGUGCAAUUUCCCGAGCCAAACCGAAAGUCGCCUCGUACCCAUUUACAACGCUCCACCCGCAUAUUGGUGUUGUAUUCUAUGAGGAUUUCGAGCAAAUCGCGGUUGCCGAUAUUCCAGGGCUCAUUGAGGAUUCUCAUUUGAACAAAGGGCUCGGAAUCUCUUUUUUGAAGCAUAUCGAACGAUGCGAAUCCCUGUGGUACGUAUUGGACUAUUCCACUGGAUCACUGACAGAUCAAUACAAAAUGCUCCGCGUUGAACUGGAAGGAUAUCAAAAAGGGCUUGGAGAUCGAGCAUCAACAAUUGUAAUCAAUAAGAUUGAUUUAUCAGGGAAGAGCCCGGAGGAAGAAGCUCACCACCUCUCUUCACUCUUCCCGAAUCUCCCUGUAUUUCCUGUUUCUGCACAACAACGGAUAGGAUUGGAGCCUCUAUUAGAGCAUCUUAGAGAACAAUAUGAUAAAUGAUUUAGUUAGAUUUUUAAUAAAUAAUUUUAU